AUGGUCUAUACGCCCUGGGUCACCGCCGCCUUUUUGGCCGGUGCUGCAGUGGCGCAAUAUUUCCCGCCCACGCCCGAGGGAGUCAAGGUGGUUGAGUCGAAGCAUCAGAAAGGUGUAAAGAUCUCGUACAAAGAGCCUGGUAUUUGCGAAACCACCCCCGGGGUCAAGUCGUACUCGGGAUAUGUUCAUCUGCCCCCCGGGUCCCUGACCGACGUGCAUGUUGACCAAGACUACCCCAUCAACACCUUCUUUUGGUUUUUUGAAGCCCGCCAUGACCCGGAAAAUGCACCCCUCUCCAUCUGGAUGAAUGGUGGACCGGGCAGCUCGUCAAUGAUCGGGUUGAUGCAGGAGAAUGGGCCCUGUCGGGUCAACAAAGACUCCAACUCCAGCGAGUUGAACCCCUGGUCCUGGAACAACUAUGUCAAUAUGCUGUACAUUGACCAGCCCAACCAGGUGGGUUUUAGCUACGAUGUGCCCACCAACGGCACCUACGAUCAGAUCAACGCGGCCUGGGACGUGUCCGAGUAUAAGCACGGCGUGCCGAAGCAGAACAACACUUUCUAUGUGGGCACGUCCACCAGUCAAAACCAGAAGGCGGCAGCCAACGGCACCCAAAAUGCCGCUCGGUCUCUGUGGCACUUUGCGCAGACCUGGUUCGCCGAGUUCCCGGCAUACAAGCCGCGUGACGAUCGAGUCAGCAUUUGGACAGAGUCGUACGGCGGCCGGUACGGCCCGUCUUUCACGGCCUUCUUCCAAGAGCAGAACGAGAAGAUCGCCAGCGGCAAGCUCAGCAAGCCGGGCGAGUUGCACUACAUCCAUCUCGACACGCUGGGGAUCAUCAACGGCUGCAUCGACCUUCUCGUGCAACAGCCCUCAUACCCGCAGAUGGCAUACAACAACACCUACGGCGUCGAGACCAUCAACAAGACCGUCUACGACCAGGCCAUGCACGCGUGGAGCCGCCCCGGUGGUUGCAAGGACCAGAUCAAGCACUGCCGCGCGCUGGCCGCGGACGGCGAUCCACGGAUGUACGGGCGCAACGAAACCGUUAACAAGGCCUGCCACAAGGCGGACCAGUUCUGCAGCAACAACGUCGAGGGCGCGUACGUCGAGUAUGCGGGCCGCGGCUACUACGACAUCACGCACAAGGACCCGGACCCGUUCCCGCCGCCGUACUUCCUGGGCUAUCUGAACCAGCACUGGGUGCAGGGUGCACUGGGCGUGCCGAUCAACUUUACCGAGUCUGCUGAGAGCGUUUACUAUGCGUUCUCGUCUACGGGUGACUACCCGCGCUCUGACGUCCGAGGGUACCUCGAGGACCUGGCGUAUGUGCUGGACGCGGGCAUCAAGGUCGCCCUGGUGUACGGGGACCGCGACUACGCCUGUAACUGGAUCGGCGGCGAGGAGGUUAGUCUGGGCGUCAAGCAUGCUGAGGCAGCGGCAUUCCGUGAUGCUGGGUAUGCGCCGCUGCGCACGAAUUCCUCGUAUGUUGGGGGCCAGGUCCGGCAGCAUGGCAACUUCUCGUUUGCACGUAUCUACGAGGCCGGCCACGAGGUGCCGGCUUACCAGCCGCAGACGGCGUACGAGAUCUUCCACCGGGCGUUGUUCAACCGUGAUAUUGCCACGGGGAAGAUUAAUACUGUUGUUAAUACCUCCUAUUCUACUCGUGGCCCUGCGUCCACCUGGCAUAUCAAGAACAAGGUCCCCGAGAGCCCGGACCCUCUCUGCUACAUCCUUUCGCUGCAGUCCUCGUGCACUAAAGAGCAGAUUGCCAGUGUUGUCAAUGGCACUGCGCGGGUUCAUGAUUAUGUUGUCAUGGGGAAGGAGUCUUCCCAUCGGUAG